GGGGAGAGACGGAGGGGAGGGGGGAGCGCGCGCGAGAGAGCGAGAGCGUGAGCAGAGCCUCCGGCUGCCGGAGGAAGGGAGUGACUGAGGGGCUGGCGCGGGAAGGGACAGGAUGGCUUAGCCUCUGGCCAUAGGACCCCACGCCAGGGAGAAGCUCUAGGUGGACUCCGAGGCUGUGGUAAUGGCUGGGGCUGGAGAGUCCCCGCGAGGGCCCUGAGCGCCCCUGCACCCAGAAGUUAGCAUCAGUGGGACUUGGAAGCUCCCAUCUCAACAACUAUGGCUGGCGAUUCUAGGAAUGCUAUGAACCAGGAUAUGGAGAUUGGAGUCACUCCCAGGGACCCUAAGAAGAUUCCCAAACAGGCCCGGGAUUACAUCCCCAUUGCCACAGACCGCACCCGUCUGCUGGCAGAAGGCAAGAAGCCCCGCCAGCGCUACAUGGAAAAGAGUGGCAAGUGCAACGUCCACCAUGGCAACGUCCAAGAAACCUAUCGGUACCUGAGCGACCUCUUCACCACCCUGGUGGACCUCAAAUGGCGCUUCAACCUGCUUGUCUUCACGAUGGUCUACACCAUCACUUGGCUGUUCUUCGGUUUCAUUUGGUGGCUGAUUGCCUACAUCCGAGGUGAUCUGGACCACGUUGGUGACCAAGAUUGGAUUCCUUGUGUUGAAAACCUCAGUGGCUUUGUGUCUGCCUUCCUGUUCUCCAUUGAGACUGAAACCACCAUCGGGUAUGGCUUUCGGGUGAUCACAGAGAAGUGUCCAGAGGGGAUCAUACUCCUCUUGGUCCAGGCCAUCCUUGGCUCCAUCGUCAAUGCAUUCAUGGUGGGGUGCAUGUUUGUCAAGAUCAGUCAGCCAAAGAAGAGAGCAGAGACCCUCAUGUUUUCCAACAACGCGGUCAUCUCCAUGCGGGACGAGAAGCUCUGCCUCAUGUUCCGGGUGGGUGACCUUCGCAACUCCCACAUUGUGGAGGCCUCCAUCCGCGCCAAACUCAUCAAGUCCCGGCAGACCAAAGAAGGGGAGUUCAUCCCCCUGAACCAGACGGACAUUAACGUGGGCUUCGACACUGGGGAUGACCGUCUCUUCCUGGUGUCUCCGCUCAUCAUCUCCCACGAGAUAAAUGAGAAGAGCCCUUUCUGGGAGAUGUCUCGGGCCCAGCUGGAUCAGGAGGAGUUUGAAGUCGUGGUCAUUCUAGAAGGGAUGGUGGAGGCAACAGGUAUGACUUGCCAGGCACGGAGCUCCUACAUGGAUACAGAGGUGCUCUGGGGCCACCGAUUCACACCAGUCCUCACCUUGGAAAAGGGCUUCUACGAGGUGGACUACAACACCUUCCACGACACCUACGAGACCAACACGCCCAGCUGCUGUGCCAAGGAGCUGGCAGAAAUGAGGCGGGAAGGCCGGCUCCUCCAGUAUCUCCCUAGCCCACCCCUGCCGGGGGGCUGUGCUGAAACGGAGCUCGAUACAGAGGCCGAGCAGGAGGGAGAGGACGGGCCCGAGGGCCUGGGUGGGUCCCGGGAGAACACGGGUUCGGUGUGAGGACGGUACUGUCCCCACGACCUCCCCUCGUUGGCCUCUAGGGGCACAGCACCUGCCACAGAGCCGGGGGAGGAGGAGGAAUGAUGUGACUGCGCUGUUUGGGGGGCCCCGGGGCCAUCAAGGCUCCAUGGGGAGGAACAGUAUGUCCAGUCCCGGCAUCUCCCAGCUCAGGCCUUCCUGAGUAGGGGGCCUGUGGCCUGGGCCCCUGUGGCAAUGCUGCCUCUUCCCUCCCGGCCUCUGCCAGCCCUGGCGGCAGGAUGGGUUUCCCCACGAUGAUAGUUACAGAGGGCCCUCUGUCUUCACACACACUUCUCUCUGCCGGCUGGCCGGGAUCACCCCGCUCUUUGGAUCUCACAGACCACCCAGCAGCUCCCCUCCAAGGGCCAGCACCCCUCGCCCCUCAUCCCUACCACCCUGAGGCUUGUUGUGGAUUCUGGGCGGGGAGAUUCUGCCCCCCUGGAAGCUCACACCCCUGGUCCUGGGCUAGGCUCACAGACCUCAUGGGUUAAGGUCCAUCCACGUCAUGCAGGCGAUUCCUUCCAACUCCCAGAGCAGUGUCCACCUUCUGAGAGCUACGGAGGACAAGGUCCUUGAUGGUCUGUCCUCCUCUGUGUUUCCUCUGCUGUGUUCUGCGUGUCACAUGUAGCCUCCCAGAUACCUGGUCUCCUGGAAGUAACUCUCAGAAGCUGGCCUGGGCCACCCAGCGCACCCACGAGCUCAUGUACAGCUGUCACGGGCCACUUCCUGGCCAUUCCCCAUCGUACUGUGCCCCAGAGCUCCCACCCAAGACAGAACCCAGUGGCUGGUUCUUUUCUCGCACUUUUGGCCCAAGAAUCACAAAGUACCUAUCACCUUCACUGUAGUUUUCUUUCACGGUCUCAGCCUGUGGUGAGAUCCGGGGAGAGAGUGAGUGGAGUUUCCAGCGCAAGAUGAGCCAGUCAGGACUGAAACCAGGAGGGGGGAGGAAAACCAGAGAGGCAAGAAAUUAAAAUUUUAAAAUGAGAAUCAGCACCAAGCACUGCCAAGACACUCUUACCUCAGGCUCAGCGCCCUUACCUGAGGGGAGGCAGUUGUGAAGCACAAAGAGGGGGAACCCAGGAGGCCUCACCUUGCAGCCCAGCUGAGAAGCCCCUGGGCCUCCUUCCUGUAGGCUGGGCCCAGAGAGCAGGAAUGAGGCCCAGGGGGCAGACCGGAAGGGAAGGAAACGUGGGGCGAGGGCAAUCAGUGGGAGAAUCAGGGAGCCGGGGAACCUGAAGAGAGAAAAGAGCAGAGAAGGGUCUUCAAAAGGACAACUUCUGGAGGUUUUCUUUUCCAGUUUAGUGGCACAGGAAGAGGGCGGGCAGACGGGGCAGAUGGUCAGGUCCAUGAAGCACAGCUGACACGUGUCGAGGCAGACAGGCUCCUGAGAGGCUGCCCUGGACCUGGAGAGAGAUUUCAAAUGCUCCCUGGCUGCAGAAUUAUGAUUUUCACAGCCCUCAGCUGCCCUUUGAGAAUGGAAGCACAUUUCUGCCCGCUCUGAGGCACCUUCCCUGGAAGAGAGAGGAGCGCCAUGGUGAGGCAGAAAGUUAAGGCGGAACAAAGGGAACAACUUCUGGGCUCUCAGGCCCACAUCCCCUCAGGCUGGGCUGGUGUGAGAAGAGGAGGCAGGCAGCCUGGAUGGGGAACUGCCUCUUGUGGGGCCGCCAUACUCAGAGGAAGGGGAUUCUUGUACUUGGGUAUGUGGACUCCAUCUUGAGAGCAGGCAUAGGGACAGGGCCGGC